AUGAAGAAGACGGCUCGCACCCGGGAGUCGCGAGGCAUCAUGAUGCGAGGCGGAGCGCCACCGGUGCGGGAGACGCGGCGGCGGCACAUCCAAGUGGCCCAGCUCCUGCCGAGCUCGGAGGGCGCUGUGGGCCUCCCUAUGCGCGUGGCUGAGUUAGGGGAAGAACUGGCCACCGCGCGACAGAAAGCCGUUCAGGAGGCGCAGGCUUUGGAACAGGCGGAGGCGAGAGAAGAGGCUGCAGCUGCGGACUUGCGGCGCUAUCGCCAACAUGUCACCGAGCAAGAGAGGUUGGAUGGCGAGGACAAGGCGGAUGAUCUGCAAGAGGAGGAGUCACAACUGUCGCUGCUGCAGGAAGAGUUGCAGCAGCAAUGCGCUGCGCUGAGGCCUCACUUGGCCGCGGCCGAACGCCGAGCCGAGCUGGCGGAACAGCGCAUGGCCAAGGGCCUGCGCGAUGUAAGCAGUGCCCAGCAGAGGCUCUUGGUGGCCAAGCAAGCUGCUCUUCAGCUUCAGCAGCAUCCCAAGGAUUUGGUGGCACCUGUGCCCUUGCUUUUGGACAACAAGGCUCAAGAGAUGGAGGAGAGAGCCUUGGAAGAGGAGCUCUUGUCUCUGAAGAAGGUGGAGGAAGAGACGCUGCAGCGGUUCGAGGCCGAAGAAGACGCAGCCCGCGUGCAAGAGGAAGAGCAUUUGGCACAAUGCUGCCAACUGGAAGAAGAGUUGAGAACAGCCGAGGCCAACAGGCCUUCAGAGCGCUUCCAGCGGUCCAAGGCCAAGCUUUCGGAGCUUCACGCGGACGCCGCUCAGUCACGGCGCUUGCGUGCCGACCUCUUGGCUCGCCUUGCGGCGCUGAAGACCCACCAAGAGAUGCAAAGCCGCCUCUUGGAAACACAACGGCUGGAGGUGCAGGCCUCGGAAGAGGCCGUGCUUCGAAGCAGCCACGAGGCCUUGCAAGCCGAAGACCAAGAGCUGCAGAUGGACUCGAAGCUUCGGAGCGCCAAAGGUGAAGUCCAGACCCUGGAGGCCUACUUGCAGCGCAGCAGCUCCGAACGGCAGCAGCUCCUCAAUGAGGUGUCUCUGGGGCGUCAAGAAGAAGCUGCCUUGGAGCAGGAAGAGCAGGCGCGACAAAACGCACAGCUGCGGCUGAGCCGAGAGCUGGAAUCGGCCCGCGCAGGCGCAUGGGAAGCAGAGGCCAAGAAGGUUGAGACCCGUCGGAAGGAGGAGGACCUGCGCGCCACACACGCACAGCUAGUCAGCGAACUGGCCAGCCAGGAGGCAGAGCUGGUCUCUGUGCAACGCGGCCACCGAGAACUCUCCAAGAGUGUGGGGACAACACUCCAGGAGCUUGAUGUGGCCCGCGAGGAAUGCCAGUCUGAGCAAACCAAUGUGGCGGCCUUGCAGGUGCGCUUGAGGCAGCUGCGGCCAUUGCAGAGUGCUCGACAAGAAGAGGCUCAUGAGAUGGAAGAGCAGCUGGAGCGUAUGCGCCAAGAGUUGCUCCAAAAGGAAAAGCUCCGUGCUGAAGCGGUUGAAGCGCAAGAAGAGCAGGCCCAGCAGGCUCAAAAUGCUGAAGACGCCGAGGCUGAAGCGACUUCCGCUCGUCAGAAGUUGCAGGAGGCCCGGCACUUGGAGUCAGCCGCGCAGAGGACCAUGGAAGAACUCCAGGCCCGUGAGAUGCGCUUGGCGCGUGCGGUGGAGCCGCUGGAGCAGCAAGAAAGGCAGCUGCGGCGAGAGGUGACGAUGCAGACGGAAGAAUUGGUCGAGGAGCAACGGCGCUUGGAACAGACCAAGCAAGGUCCCCGAAGCGUACGGAAUCGAUUGCAGGAGCUGACCGAGGAAGCCAGGUCAUUGCGUGAACACAUCGCAGACCUGGAGUCGGAUCAGCAAAGCCUGCAGCGUGCGGCGGACGUCGCCGGUGCUGGGCUACUGCAGUUGCAGCAAGAGGCGCAAGACUUGCAGCGGCAGCGCGGGGACAUGCAGUGGACCAUAGACAAGUUGCAGCAAGCCAUUGCCCAUCAGCAGGGAGAUUUGGCAGACGACACGCGCAGCACUUCUUCAGCCUUGGAUGCUUUACGGCUGGUGGAGGCUGAGGUGCAAGGCACCGCGAGCGACUUGUCGGAGCGCGGCAAGGAGGAGAAGACGGCCCUGGAGGAUUUGAGGCACAUGACUCGAGAGAACCAGUUGCUGCACCAGCAGCUGCGGCAGCACCGCUCGCGGGCACAGCAGCUGGACUCCGCCAGCAAGGAGCAUGAGGCUCAGCAUUUGCCGAUGCUACAGGAGCUUCGUGGGCGGGAGUUCCAGAGAGAUAGCCUUCUGGCAGCCUGCCAAGAGGCUGUCGAGGAGCGACAGCGUACUGAGUUGGCGGUGGACGCGCUCAAUCAGCAGGUGGAGUCCUAUGUCUCGGAGCUCCAAGAGCUCCAUGGCUCUUUUGAGCAGCUUCGGACCAAGGAGGAGGCGGCCCAAAGUGGCUUCCGAGACAAUGACACCGAAGUGGCCGUGUUGCGCGCACGGAUGACGGACGCCACGCAGCGCCUGGAGAUGCAGGAGUUCGCUGAGGAAGAGCUCCGCGCUGAGAGGUCGAAGCUCCGCUUGGCGGCCGGAGCCCAGCAGCGUUCCAUCAACGAGGCGGUGCUGGGCGCCCAGAGUGUGGCGGCACAGGCGGAAGCCUUGCGGAGUGAGGUGAAUGGUUUGCAGAAGGAAUUGGACCAGGCGCGCGAGCAGCUCCUCGACGAGCGACGUCGGGCGGACGAGGCUGCUCGGAGCCAGCGGAACUUGCAGGCUCUUUUGGCAGCACAAAGGCAGAUGCAGCUGCAGAAGGAGGCCGAGCGCGACCGCCUCCGCCGCACUGCCCUGGAGCACGGUGCGGGCGGUCUGGCGCUUGGACCCGAUGCCGACGACGAGACCUCGUCCUUGGAGCAGACCCUGGAGGACUUGGCGCAGCUGGAAAGCCAAAUGGCGAAAGAAGAGCAAUUCCUCGCAGAGGAGGCAGCUCGCCUGAGACAGCCGCAAAGGCCUCGAGCGACGGCGAUGUCGAGCGACAAAAGACGAGCGACGGCGAGCGGUGGAGCGAGCGGGGUCGUGGUAGGUUGGAGGCCCAGGGACUUCGGUGGACUAGUAGUGUCCUUGCUUCGUUCGUAG